AAUGCUGUUUUUAGCAUGAAUUUAAAUAUUAAUUUGCACAUCCAUUCUGACACAGGCCGACCGUGGAUUGGUACCCUGGAGAUGAGUGGGGUUCAGAGUGGAGACCAAAUACCUUUCCUCUUAUCCACGUUUCGUGGGAUUCCAGUGACUUUUUUUUUCUUUUUUCUUUUUUGAUGGUGUUGCUAUCGAGGCAGAGAUCUGAAUGCCUUCAUUAAAUCGCAUGUGCCUGGGUGAUUUGGAAGAGUCAGGCCUGGAAAGGCAUGCUUAGAGAGUGGGAGGCGGCUGGGCCUUGUGGGGAAUGCACUGUUUUUUUGCGUAGAAGCAGUCCACAUUUUGUGUUUUGAUCACAGUUGUAAGAAAAGGAAGGGCUUCACCAAAUCGAAGCAGGCCAGCCAGCUUUUUGGGCUGAGAGGAGCCUGAAGGUAGAGUCGUCUUUUGUUCAUCCUUCACCUCUCUUUCCCUUGCUCCCCGUGUUGACCUCAAAGGUUUCUCAGGCAAGUGGUGGAAUGUCUUUUAUUGAUUUCGGGGGCUGUCGACAGAGCGUUCACCAUUGGAUUAUUCGUGGUAUACAUUUUUAGUGUGGGAUACUAACGAAGGACUGGGAGAAACCCUGGUCUCUGAUUUCAUCUGUGCAAGAAUGACUGUUCGCUUACAGCUUGACUGUUAGUGGGUGGUGGAAAAUGUCUAAUGCUUUACUGCAGUCAGAACUGGGUUGGUUACAAGAAAAAAAUGUAAACUAGAGCUUGGGAAGGAGCCGAGAGGAGAAAGCAGAGGAGGGCAGCAAAUUAGUGAAGAACAAAGGCUGUGAGAGAGAGCUUCCAGGAGAACACUAAAUGUUUUGCCUUGGGGUUCCUUGUGCAAAAGAGCUACAACUUCCCCAAACAGGAAACCAGUCGCACCAGAGUCUGGUCCAAUAUGAUCUCAGCAACAGAGCUGCUGGUUCUGCCUUUCUGCUGGUUUGGUAAAAGCACAGUCAAGAGGAGCCCCUGGGAGACCUGAUUGCAAAUACAUUUUCUCCCUUUGAAAACAUCUGAUCAAAUUCAUGACCAUGGGGGAUAUGAAGACCCCAGACUUUGAUGACCUCUUGGCAGCGUUUGACAUACCAGAUAUGGUCGAUCCUAAAGCAGCCAUUGAGUCUGGGCACGAUGACCACGAAAGCCACAUUAAGCAGAAUGCUCACGUGGAUGACGACUCUCACACACCAUCAUCCUCAGAUGUUGGCGUUAGUGUGAUUGUGAAGAAUGUUCGCAACAUCGACUCCUCUGAGGGAGUGGAAAAAGAUGGCCACAAUCCCACAGGCAAUGGCUUGCAUAACGGUUUUCUCACAGCAUCCUCUCUUGACAGCUAUGGUAAGGAUGGAGCCAAGUCCUUAAAAGGAGACACACCUGCCUCAGAGGUGACUCUUAAAGACCCAGCGUUCAGCCAGUUCAGCCCCAUCUCCAGUGCCGAGGAGUUUGAGGAUGAUGAGAAAAUAGAGGUGGAUGACCCACCUGAUAAGGAGGAGACGAGGGCCAAUUUCAGAUCAAAUGUGCUGACGGGCUCCGCUGCCCAGCAGGACUUCGACAAACUGAAGGCACUUGGAGGGGAAAACACAAGCAAGACUGGAGUCUCUGCAUCAGGUCAUGCAGAUAAAAACAAAGUCAAGAGAGAAGCAGAGAGCAGUUCCAUAACCCUGAGUGUCUAUGAGCCGUUUAAGGUCAGAAAAGCAGAGGACAAGUUGAAGGAGAACUCUGAGAAGGUGCUUGAAAGCAGGGUCCUGGAUGGGAAGCCGAGCUCCGAGAAGAACGACCCCGCCAUCGCUGCUGCCACAUCUUCCAAAACAAAGUCGUCCUCCAAGCUCUCGUCGUGCAUAGCCGCCAUUGCGGCUCUGAGUGCGAAAAAGGCUGCGUCUGACUCCUGCAAAGAGCCUGUGGCCAAUUCCAGGGAAGUGUCUCCACUCCCAAAAGAAGUGAGUGACAGCCCCAAAGCCACUGACAAGUCUCCGGAAUCGCAGAAUCUCAUCGAUGGCACCAAGAAGGCCUCUCUGAAGCCGUCAGAUAGUCCCAGGAGCGUAUCCAGUGAGAACAGCAGCAAAGGAUCCCCAUCCUCUCCUGUGGGCUCUACCCCAGCUAUCCCCAAAGUCCGCAUCAAGACCAUCAAGACAUCAUCUGGGGAGAUCAAGAGGACAGUGACCAGAGUACUGCCAGAAGUGGAUCUGGACUCUGGGAAGAAGCCUUCUGAGCAGGCAGCGUCCGUGAUGGCGUCUGUGACGUCACUUCUGUCAUCUUCAGCAUCAGCUGCGGUCCUCUCCUCACCCCCCAGGGCACCUCUGCCGACAGCCAUGGUUACCGGUGCGGUUUCCUCUGCAGAGCUGACUCCCAAACAGGUCACCAUCAAGCCCGUGGCUACAGCUUUUCUUCCUGUGUCUGCCGUCAAGACAGCAGGGUCUCAAGUCAUCAACCUGAAGCUGGCUAACAACACAACGGUGAAAGCCACGGUCAUCUCGGCUGCCUCUGUUCAGAGCGCCAGCAGUGCCAUCAUCAAAGCUGCCAAUGCCAUCCAGCAGCAAACCGUUGUGGUGCCGGCCUCCAGCCUGGCCAAUGCCAAACUCGUGCCAAAGACUGUGCACCUUGCCAACCUUAACCUCCUGCCUCAGGGUGCCCAGGCCACCUCUGAACUCCGCCAAGUGCUCACCAAACCUCAGCAGCAAAUAAAGCAGGCAAUACUCAAUGCCGCGGCCGCGCAGCCGCCCAAGAAGGUGUCCCGGGUCCAGGUGGUGUCCUCCUUGCAGAGUUCUGUGGUGGAAGCUUUCAACAAGGUGCUGAGCAGCGUCAACCCAGUCCCUGUUUACAUCCCGAACCUCAGUCCUCCGGCCAGUGCCGGGAUCACGUUACCGAUGCGCGGGUACAAGUGCUUGGAGUGCGGGGACUCCUUCGCCCUGGAAAAGAGCCUGAGCCAGCACUACGACAGGCGCAGCGUGCGCAUCGAAGUGACCUGUAACCACUGCACGAAGAACCUCGUCUUUUACAACAAGUGCAGCCUCCUUUCCCACGCCCGAGGGCAUAAGGAGAAAGGCGUGGUGAUGCAGUGCUCCCACUUAAUCCUAAAGCCAGUCCCAGCAGACCAGAUGAUAGUGUCUCCGUCCAGCAAUACUGCUGCUUCCACUCUGCCGAGCUCGGUGGGAGCUGCCACACACACUGUCGCCAAAGUCCAGCCUGGCCUAACCGGGGCGGUCAUCUCAGCUCCUCCAAGCACACCCAUCAGCCCAGCCAUGCCCCUAGACGAGGACCCCUCCAAGCUCUGUAGACACAGUCUCAAGUGUUUGGAGUGCAAUGAAGUCUUCCAGGACGAGACGUCCCUGGCCACACAUUUCCAGCAUGCCGCAGACACAUGUGGACAAAAGACUUGCACUGUCUGCCAGAUGCUGCUUCCUAACCAGUGCAGCUAUGCCUCACACCAGAGAAUCCAUCAGCACAAAUCUCCCUACACCUGCCCCGAGUGCGGGGCCAUCUGCAGGUCGGUGCACUUCCAGAGCCACGUCACCAAGAACUGCCUGCACUACACUCGGAGAGUUGGCUUUCGAUGUGUACAUUGCAAUGUUGUGUACUCUGAUGUGGCCGCACUGAAGUCUCACAUUCAAGGCUCUCACUGUGAAGUCUUCUACAAGUGCCCUAUCUGUCCAAUGGCGUUUAAGUCUGCCCCAAGUACACAUUCCCACGCCUACACGCAGCAUCCUGGCGUCAAGAUAGGAGAACCAAAAAUAAUCUAUAAGUGUUCCAUGUGCGACACUGUGUUCACCCUGCAAACCUUGCUGUAUCGCCACUUUGACCAGCACAUUGACAACCAGAAGGUGUCUGUUUUCAAGUGCCCCGACUGUUCUCUUUUAUAUGCCCAGAAGCGACUUAUGAUGGACCAUAUCAAGUCUAUGCAUGGAACAUUGAAAAGUAUUGAAGGGCCUCCAAACUUGGGUAUAAACUUGCCUUUGAGCAGUAAGCCUGCAACUCAGAAUUCAGCAAACCACAGCAGAGAGGAUGCCAAGUCCAUGAAUGGGAAAGAGAAAUUGGAAAAGAAGUCUCCAUCUCCUGCAAAGAAAUCCACAGAAUCUAAGAAGAUGGCCAGUCUCGGGUGGACGUGUUGGGAGUGUGACCGUCUGUUCACACAGAGGGAUGUGUAUCUGUCUCACAUGAGGAAGGAGCAUGGGAAGCAAAUGAAGAAGCACCCCUGCCGCCAGUGUGACAAGUCUUUCAGCUCCUCCCACAGCCUGUGCCGCCACAAUCGCAUCAAGCACAAAGGCAUCCGGAAAGUGUACGCCUGCUCGCACUGCCCAGACUCCCGUCGGACCUUCACCAAGCGGCUGAUGCUGGAGAAGCACAUACAGCUGAUGCACGGGAUCAAAGACCCUGACGUAAAGGAGCUGAGUGACGAGGUUACCAACGAGGAGGAAGUGGAGAUAAAGGAGGAUGCCAAGGUUCCCAGUCCUAAGCGGAAGUUGGAGGAGCCAGUUUUAGAGUUCAGGCCUCCCCGAGGAGCCAUCACUCAGCCACUGAAGAAACUGAAAAUCAAUGUCUUUAAGGUCCACAAGUGCGCCGUGUGUGGCUUCACCACCGAGAACCUGCUGCAGUUCCACGAACACAUCCCCCAGCACAAGUCGGACGGCUCCUCCUACCAGUGCCGGGAGUGCGGCCUCUGCUACACGUCCCACGUCUCCCUGUCCAGGCACCUCUUCAUCGUGCACAAGCUGAAGGAGCCGCAGCCUGUGUCCAAGCAGAACGGGGCUGGGGAGGACAGCCAGCAGGAGAACAAGCCCAGCCCGGAGGACGAGGCCACCGAGGGGGCAGUGUCAGACAGGAAGUGCAAAGUGUGCGCCAAAACUUUCGAAACGGAAGCUGCCUUAAACACACACAUGAGGACACACGGCAUGGCCUUCAUCAAGUCCAAAAGAAUGAGUUCAGCGGAAAAAUAGCCACAGAACUUCCAUAAGAACAAUCCCUGUCCACAUAGGAAUUGAACGUUUUUGUUACCAAAAGUUUGCAGUGUAACAGAGUUACCAGCUCUAGGCUGUGGCAAUAGACUUUGUCCUGCCCUCUCACCUCAGAUGUAUCCCUUCCCAUAAGUGUUAAGGCAGUAUUUGAGUUUUAAAGAGUUUGUAUAUAUUUAAAUAACAUUUUAUACUCUUUGUUACAUGUUUGUAUCAGUAUUUGGUGGAAAAUGUUUUGAGGGUUUUUUUUGUGUGUGUAUGUUAGGAUUCUCUUUUUUUGUACUGUUUCUUUAAAACAGAGUUCUUAGGGGAAGUUCCUGAAUUCAAACCAACCAUUUUGUAUGUUGAGAAUUUGAAUGAGUUCAGUAAUUACAGGCUAUCAUGCCUUUUUUAGUGUUUUUAAUUUUUAGAACUCGCCACAUAAAUUAUAGGUGAUUGUGGGUCUCACAACACUAGCAACUUUUAAGUGUCUUAGCACCACUCUCAGCGUGCCUGCUCCUAGCAACCGAGGGCUCCAAGGACAGCAUCACCCAGUUAAGGGCGUGGCCUGAGCCAUCCCAGACAGUGUGGGAAGCAGCCUUACAGGUCCCUCCUUUGCCAUAGUAGGUGAAAGAGGCCAGGAAUCCAGUAGGGAGUGCGGUCGUCCUUAAUCCCAACUGGGAGAAUGAGGAAGAAGGGAUCCAUAAAGGGGAGACAGUGGAGCUGGGUGAAUUCGCAAGGUGACUUACAGGGCACGAGGAGACAGGCUAGGGAAAGGCCAGCCUGUGGUCCAAGUUGAAAGUCAUAGUUAGACCUGUCGCUCUCUCUGUCAGGUUUUAUCAUGGAACUCACCAACCUUUCUAGAGACACACACUACAAGAGUCCCAAGUAUUUCUCUGGCUCUUGAUAGGAACAGAAAGGCACGGUUGACUUAACCCUUUGCUGUCUACACAGUUGGUAUUUCCUGUUCCGGGUGCUACUGCCAAAUGUUCGGGUACUUAGUGUCGGGAUGCACAGCCUCACCACCGACCUAGCACUGCAGCAGCCUGUACUCUGCAACUGGCCUGAGGAGCCACCAGGCUUCUAGAGUCGUUUCAGCACCCUCUCAAGGCCGCCUGACUGGAGCACCGCUGAGGUGCUCUUCGUCACAUCCCUGCCUACUUCCCUGAGAAAACUAUAUAUUUUGGUUAUUGUUUUGUGUUUUCCGUUGCAUUUUGUACCUUGUAUUUAUCUCCCGAUAUGUUUUGUACUUUUGUUUCCCUAAACGAGGAAAUUCAUUUGUGUACAUAAAUACUUGCAUGCUAAACUGUAGUCCACGUUCAGUUCCCUGAAAGGUCUUGCUGCUGUUGGUGCGCACCCUACACCAUCGUGACUGUAUUCAACCCAUUUCACAUGUAAAUAAAACGAGGAACAUCUGGCCCUUGAGCUUCUUCAAGAGAGUCAUUGGUGGGUCUCUGACAUCAUACAGUUCGGGGAGUGACUCUUUUGGGGACAGGCUGCAGAAUACUGCAGAAUUCUUUCCACUCUGAAGAAUGGCUUCUCGUUCUCAUCGGCGACCAGCUCACUACUCUGCCGCUUUCUGUCGACUGUGUCGACACAAUCCAAGGGUGCGAGAUGUUCCUCAGCUUGAAGUGUAAUUGCUGUUACGUGUUACAUCCGCACCGCUCCCGCCCCCACUCGUGGUCAUGGCACUUUCACAUGUUCCUGCAUUUGAACCUUGCAAUAAGCCUGCGUGGCGACCACGUGGGUCUGUACAGCUUACAGCUGAGGAAGCUGCGCUCAGGUUCAGCUCUUCGCCUGAUCCCUCAUAGCUGGUAAGUGGCUUUGCAUAUUAGAACCCAAAUAUUUUGCUCUCAGUCUAGUACUCUCGCUCUUUGUGGUUAUGUACAUAUUGACAGAUACUCAUUUAUUCAACAAAUAAAGUUAUGUGCAAAAACACC